AUGUCCCUAUGUCAACUGUUCCUCCAGACUGACGCUGCCUUCAUUUCGGUAGCCCAGUUAGGAGAACUCGGACUAGUCCAGUUCAAGGAUGUAAGGUUUUAUUUUUACUUUUGUUAAACAGUUACAUAUAACAAUUUAUUGUUUUAGUUGAAUCAAAAUGUUUCCUCAUACAGUAAGAAGUUUGUGAAUGAGAUCCGCCGAUGUGAUGAAAUGGAUCGGCAGAUCAGUAAGUGGACUGGAUACUGGUAGUCCUAAUUUCAGAGAGUAUCGAGGAGGACAUCGAGUCGGCCAAUAUCUACAUUCCUGAUGCCAAAAAUAAGAUCCCAGCUCCACUUCCAAGGGAUAUGAAUGAACUCGAGGUAUUUUUUUUUUAUUAAAGAGACAUUCCAACUAAUUGUAAAAUAAUUAAAUUUUAGACAAGCUUUGAGAAGCUUGGAGAAGAGCUGAGUCAAAUAAAAAGUUCGACUAACAGCCUGAAAAGGAAUUAUCUCAGACUGGCCAAUACCAAACAUGUUCUCCAAAAAGUGCAGAUUUUGCUGGACGAGGUCAGUCACUCUAUCCCUAUAUUAAUAUUGCUUUAGGGGCAAAAGAAUCAUGCGAGACAAUCUAUAUUAGAGGCCCAAGUCCAUGCUCCGGUCCUUUCCAAUGGCCAUAUCGGCCAGGAUAUUCUGGUCAAAGAGACAGGAGAUCUAAAGUAGGUUGUUUAUGUCAUCAUGUAAUUACAUAAUAAUUACAUGUAAGACUAAAGAAAAAAUCCUAUUUUGGGACCUUGAAAAAGACGUUAAAUUUUUUUUCUCAUGUCGACCUUAUUUUUCCCAUUCUAUUUUUUUCAAAAAAAUGUAAAGAAAGCGCUUCUAUGUACGAUUCUAGUUUCAUCGCUGGUGUAAUUCGCCGAGAUCGAGUGGCCGCUUUCGAGAGGGUCAUCUGGAGAAUGUGUCAUGGCAUGGUUUAUGUGAGGACUGCUGACAUAGAACCUGAAGAGAAUGCUCCAUUUGUAAGUACUCUUUUAUUACUCAAAUAAAACAAUAUAAUUUUAGAAAGAAGAUGCAAAGUAUGCCGUCUUUCUGUUGUUCUUCUCCAGCUUUAAGCUGAAAGAAAAAGUAUACAAAGUCUGUGAUGGAUUUAAGGCCGAGAUUGUUGAGAAUUGCCCGGAUUCAGCUGAGCAGAGAAAGAGAUUACUGGUUGAUACGGAUAUCAGACUUCAGGAUUUGAAUACAGUAAUCUACAAGACACUGGAACACCGUGAAAGAGUCCUUCAUGCCGCCGCUUUGAAUGUCAAAACCUGGGAGAUUCAGGUAAGAUGAAAAAAGAUUUAUAUCGCUUUAGGUAUUGAAAUUGAAAUCUGUAUUCCACACUCUGAACAUGUUCAACAUCGAUGUGACGGAGAAAUGUUUGAUCGCGGAAUGCUGGAUCCCGACCUGUGAACUUCAACAUGUCAGAGGAUGUCUUGAAUAUGCUACAGUAAGACAAAUAGAAUCUAAAUAUUUGCUUUAGGACCUGAGUGGAUCCAACGUGGCUUCAAUUUUGAACAUUGUACAUACAGAGCAGACCCCGCCCACUUAUCAUAAACUCAAUAAGUUUACAAAGGUGUUCCAAGGAAUCGUUGAUUCUUAUGGAAUCUGCAAUUACCGUGAGAUUAACCCAGCUCCAUGGACUAUAAUCACGUUUCCCUUCAUUUUCGCGGUCAUGUUUGGUGAUAUGGGGCAUGGAUUGAUUAUGAUAUUGGGAGCUCUGGCCUUUAUUCUCUUCGAACAGAAGAUCGAAGCAGCCAAGAUCAAGGACGAAGUGAGUUAAAGCAGUCAGGAUGAUGUCGACAUAAUUAAUUACAGAUCUUUAACACCUUCUAUGGUGGCCGUUACGUGGUUUUAUUGAUGGGAUUGUUUGCCGUUUACACUGGAUCCGUCUAUAAUGACGCGUUUUCUAAAUCGAUCAACCUGUUUGGAAGUGAUUGGCAGAAUAUUUACUCGUAGGUUUAAGGUUUAAAAAAAUUAUAAUUUUUAGGGAAGCGCGUUUCAAACGAGCAUUUGAGGGCAAAAAAAUUGAUGAAUUGGAGGAUUUGAAACUGGAAUUGUUCCCUGAAAAAUCAUUCCAGGGAGAUCCUUACGUCUGGGGAGUCGAUCCUGUUUGGAAUGUGGCCGAAAACAAGUUGAAUUACCUGAACCCAAUGAAGAUGAAGUCCUCGGUCAUCAUUGGGAUCGCUCAGAUGCUAUUCGGCCUGGUUCUCUCCUUGCGCAACUACUUGUGAGUCCUUGGAUAUUCCUGCAGAUCUCUCCAUUUAGACAUCAGAAGUCGAUGAUCGACGUGUUCUUCGUUUUCAUUCCUCAGCUCCUCUUCCUAUCACUUAUCUUCAUCUAUCUCUGUGUCCAAAUUGUCCUCAAAUGGAUCUUCUUUCCUGCUACCGCAGCCAUUGUGUUUGGCCAAGUUUAUCCGGGAUCACAUUGUGCUCCGUCGCUGCUGAUUGGACUCAUCAAUAUGUUCAUGAUGAAGCAGGGAGGAGAAGGAUUUGUGGAACAGACUAGCUUGAAUCCGGGGAAUAAUUACACUGAAUACGAUCAAUGCUCUGUCAGACAAUGGUAUCCUGGCCAGGCCUCCAUCGAGACGGUGUUUCUGGUUAUCGCAGUCCUUUGCAUCCCCGUUAUGUUGUUUGUAAAGCCUUUCUUGUUGUUGCGGAAGGUAAAGAGAGGUGAGAAAGUUCAUGUGCACAGUGAUGAUGGACAUGGGGAGUUCAAUUUUGGGGAUGUGAUGGUCUACCAAGCAAUCCAUACCAUUGAAUUUGCAUUGGGAUGCAUCUCACAUACAGCUUCGUAUCUUCGACUGUGGGCGUUGUCCCUUGCUCAUGCUCGUAAGAACAGAGACUAGUAUUAGUUUUUUCCCUUUCAGAGCUCUCAGAUGUGUUAUGGGAGAUGCUGUUCAACAUGGGGUUGACAACUGGCGGAAUUGUCGGCGUAGUUAUGACUGCUGUUAUCUUCUUCGUGUUCGCAGUGUUAUCAGUCUCAAUUCUUGUGUUAAUGGAAGGCCUUUCUGCUUUCCUUCAUGCCCUUCGUUUACACUGGGUUGAAUUCCAGAGUAAAUUCUAUGGGGGAGAUGGGAUCCCUUUCGAACCUUUCUCCUUUGCUCAACUAAUCAGACUUCAUGAAGGUUUAGACAGUUAG